AUGAUCAAGUUCGCCCAGCGCCCGCCCACAAAAGCCUCGGCGUCGUGGGUGUGCUCAGCUUGUCUCUGCCGCAAGACCCAGCAGACAGCCCGGCAGAUCCCCCGCGCAGCAGCAGCCUCGCGAUGGCAACACACUGCCGCCCACUCCGAGACCGUCCAGCCUCCUCCACACGCCUUUUCCAUCCCGCCCUCCGCCACCAACUCCACCGACCGUGCCAAGCACGACGAUGCAGACCUGCGCCGCAUAUUCGACUCCCCUUCCGCAUGGCUGGCCUUCUCCGGCGCCUUCAAGGGCAAGCCCCGUGUCGGCCUCUUCCGCAAUGCUUACCUGACCGAGCCUCGAGGCUUCCUCGCCUUCGCCCAGGUCUCCCUCGCACGCGCCCAGCGCAUUGUCGACAAGGUCCUCUCCGCUACCUCCGUCCCCGAAUACAAGGCUGUCGUGCGCGAUCUCGACAGGCUGUCCGACCUGCUCUGCCGCGUCAUUGACCUGUCCGACUUCGUGCGCGUCACACAUCCCGACAGGCACAUGCAGGCCGCCGCCUCCGAGGCAUGGACCGUCGUGUAUCAGUACAUGAACCAGCUGAACACCACCACCGGCCUGAACGAGCAGCUGGGGAGGGCGUUGGACAACCCAGAUGUCUCAUCCGCCUGGUCGGAAGAGGAGAGGGCUGUGGCCGACAUUCUCAAGUUGGACUUCACAAAGUCCGCCGUCAAUCUGCCCAGGGAGGCGAGGGACAGGUUCGUCGACUUAUCCUCCGAGAUAGGGGAUGUCGGCCAGACCUUCGUCGAGCAGAUGGCCCCAGAGCAACCCGUCCUCACGUUCCCGAGCAGCAGGCUCCAGGGCAUGGACCCGAUGAUAGCCCGCAGGAUGACCCGGAGGGGGCACGUCUACCUACCUGCCCUGAGCGGCGAGGCCUCUCUGGCCCUGCGUACUGUGCAUGACCAGGACACAAGGAAGGCCAUAUAUUAUGCUUCGCGCACCGCGUCGAAAAGAACCGUCCGCCAGCUCGAGCAUCUGCUGAGGCUGCGGGCUGAGAUUGCUAGCCUGUCAGGUUUCGAGAGCUACGGUCACAUGGCGUUACGCGAUAGGAUGAUGGCCAAGUCGCCCGAAUCCGUGCAGCAAUUUCUCAAAGCACUCAACAAGAACAACGCGCCCAUAGUCAGGCGCGAGAUGGAGGACCUCAUGGCCCAGAAGCGGCACAAGGUCGGCUUGUCCUCGCCCGAGUUGCAGCCGUGGGACAAGGACUACUACAUGGGCCAGAUCAGGGAUCUCGAGAGGUCGAGAGCAAGACGUGAGGACUUCUUGUCCGCGUACUUCUCGCUUGGGACCAUCAUGCAGGGCCUGUCAAGGCUCUUCACCCGUCUCUACGGGAUCCGUUUCGUGGCCAGGGAGACCAUGCCGGGCGAGACAUGGCACCCCGAGGUACGGCGGCUCGACGUGAUAUCCGACACCGACGGUCACGUCGCAGUCCUGUAUUGCGACCUGUUCUACAGGGCAGACAAGUCGCCAAAUCCGGCUCACUUCACAGUGCGGUGCUCGCGCGAGAUCGCAGGGUCUGAGCUUGAGGAAGCCGAGUCCGCCGCUGGACAAGCCGCGGCGGGUGUUCCGGACUUCGCGUCGCCCGAGGAGGCUGCCAACGACGGCAUGGCCAUGUCUCGAGGCCGCAAUGGCGUGCUGAAACAGCUGCCCACCAUCGCCCUCGUAUGCGACUUCCCACAGAGCCAGGCGGGCGGGGACAAGCCCGCCUUCCUGACCUAUGGACAGGUGGAGACGCUCUUCCAUGAGAUGGGCCACGCGAUCCACAGCAUACUUGCGCGCACCUCGCUGCAGAACGUCUCGGGGACGCGCUGUGCGACCGACCUGGCCGAGCUCCCCUCCACGCUCAUGGAGCACUUCUGCGCAGACCCAGAAGUGCUGGGCCUCUUUGCCCGGCAUUACGAGACGGACGAGCCGCUCAACUACCAGAUGGUCGUCGACAGGAUACGGCUGUCCCGGCGGUUCGAGGGCACAGACAAUGAGAACCAGAUCCUCCUGGCGAUGCUAGACCAGGAGUACCAUUCCCCUCGUGCGGCAGGCGAGUCCUUUGACUCGACCGAGGUCUACCGCGGGAUUCAGCUCGAGUAUGGCAACACGCCUGUCGACCCGCCCGGCUGCAGGUGGCAGGGCUUCUUUGGCCACCUGUUUGGGUACGGCAGCACGUACUACAGCUACUUGUUCGACCGCGUUCUUGCUGAACGGGUGUGGAAGGAGGUCUUCUCCUCCGGACGGGACGGCGCAGCCAUCAGCAGGGAGAAUGGCGAGCAACUGAAGGAAGGCCUGCUCAAAUGGGGUGGCAGCCGGGACCCGUGGAGGUGCCUGGCGGACGCGCUGAGGGACGACCGCGUGGCUGACGGCGACGAGAAAGCCAUGGCCCUGGUGGGAAGCUGGGGCACAGGAGCCACAGUAAAAGAGUGA